CGUCAUGUCCCUUCUCCCGAUCCGUCAGUCUCUCCAAUCUCCCGUACGCGCCGUCCUCCGCCGCACCACUCAGCCAUGCCGCUCGUCGGUGCCGUCGUCGACGCGCGCAGUAGCGCGACGCGGAUACGCAGACUGGCGCUCGUCUAACACGCAGGACAGAACGGCCGUGGGGGUCUUCACGCCGACGGCAGCAGCGCUGUUCGUUGCAACGGGCGCGGGCCUGUUCGUCUACUUCCGGCAUGAAAAGCAGCAGCUCCUCGAGAAGCGUCAAAAAGAAAUGGAGUCGCGGUCUGUCGGCCGCCCACAAGUCGGCGGACCGUUCAAGCUCCAGACGCACGACGGGCGCACGCUCACGGACGCAGACCUGCUCGGCAAAUGGUCCUUUGUCUACUUCGGCUUCUCCAACUGCCCCGACAUCUGCCCCGCCGAGCUCGACAAGCUCACCGCCGUCCUAUCCUCCCUCGAAAAAUCCCACCCAACCGCCUCCCUCCUCCCGCUCUUCAUCUCCGUCGACCCCGCACGCGACACCCCCGCCCAGCUACGCACCUACCUCGCCGACUUCCACCCCUCCAUCGUCGGCCUCGUCGGCUCCUACGCCGACACGCGCGCCGUAUGCAAAGCCUACCGCGUCUACUUCAGCACCCCGCCCGACGCGGACCCCGCCGGCGACUACCUCGUCGACCACAGCAUCUACGUGUACCUCAUGGACCCGCGCGGGCAGUUUGUCGAGGCGUUCGGGCAGUCGACCGAGGCUGCGGACGUCAUCGAGCGCGUCGCACGUGAAAUGGAUGCAUAUAGGGCUGAGACGGGUGGGUUGGCGUAGACCCUUCUUCAGAAGAGCAUAACCUGCUCGUUGCGAUGCUGUGAGGCAGGGUAAUGCAAUGCUUAUGUUAAGAUACGCAUAUAUAAUAUAGAACAUUCAC